AUGGACCAGCUGGAGCUCCGUGUUUAUGGUGCUGGUAUUCGGCCCCUGCUUGUGCAACUGGGAUACCUCAGGUCAGUGUCAUUGGCGUCCAAGGGGCACCUUCCAAAGCCUGAGGGCCUUAGCGACAGUUGGGCUGAUUUUGCAGUGCUGCUGCAGUUCUUCGAAUGCGAGGACUCGGGGGACAUGGACUUGCGAACUGAAUGCGUGCUUCUAAGCGGCGACGUGGACGCUCGGACUGCACGAUCCGGGCCGAGGGCAGCUGUGAAUGAGGCACGACUCUUGUGCCGCUCUUUGCAGCAGCUGCAGAAGUUCGGUGUCCCCUUCGAGCCCAAGGAGGAGUUGCCAGAGUGGGUCGCAUUGCGAGCCAGAGCUGCCUAUGCAGCGCUUAGCUCUGAGGAUGUGGCCUUGGCCUUGAAAAAGUGGCUGCUUGGCCUACUGAGGCGGGAAACUUCCACACCAGUCGAAGUGGGCAGCUGUGCAGGACUGUCCCUCAGAUCGCUUGUGGAGGAUGCUACGCAAGCCUUGUGGGAAGCUUUCUACUCCCCGGCUGUGCUGGGGCGGAAACCAGAUCCUACUUUAGCUGCAGGCUGGGACGCUCCACUGCAGGGAGGCAACGAGGAUCGCCUCGAGGCGGAAGCUCAGCUCACGGAGAAGUGGCGCAAGAUCCUGGGAAGCCGACAGGCCCCAGAGUUGACUCGCCAAGAGGUGCGAGGCCUUUUCGUGCUGGGCGACCGCAUCCCGUGGCAAUACAGGCUGGUGCUCUGGGCUGCUUGGCUGGGUGCACAGGAUGAGGACAGCCAGCCUCUGGAUGAAGGCCGCUACGGUGCCCGGGAAUGUUGCCGAAGGCAAAUUGAAAAGGAUGUGCCGAGGACCAGGCCGGGCGAUUUUGACGAGAAGCAGCGAGCUGCACUGGGGCGUGUCCUGUUGGCCUACUCUGUGCUCCGCCCCAAGGUGGGCUACUGCCAGGGCCUCAACUUCAUUGUAGCGGUGCAGCUGCUGGUGGGUCUGACAGAGAAGCAAGCUCUUUGUGGCCUCUGCCGUUUGACCGACCCUGGAAUAUCAGGAUACUAUGAGGAGUCGAUGCGGGGGCUUUUGCGAGACAUCGCCGUGCUAGAUGCUCUCCUGUUGCUGCUCCUCCCGAAGAUCCAUGCGCGCUUCGCAGAGGUGGACUUGCCACUUCUGUGGAUUGCCGCGGAGCCUUUGCUGACGCUUUUCUCCCGGGAGCUCAGGACCAUCGAAAGCGUGUGUAGAUUGUGGGAUUUUUUCCUCAUUGAAGGCAAAUGUGCUUUGGCUGAGGUUUUUCUCGCCUAUGCUGAGCUGGCACAAGAGCGGAAUUUGCUCACGGGUGCAGCAGAGGACACGCUUGGCGCUUUCAGGCUGCUGCUCGGAGAUGCUGGUGCAAUUGCAGGGAGCAUUUUGCGGCGGGCUGCACUUUUCCUGGCGCCUCGGCCCUUCGGCGGCGGCCUCAAUGAUACGCUGCUGACGCGGCUGCGCCAGGCGGGAGGGCCCUGAGAGUUAGGGGGUUAGGCAUUGUGAUGCAUUGUGGACUUUGGAACGUUCAAUUACUGUAUUUUUCGAUCGUUUUUGUUGGUUGGUUUGUUGCAAGAUGUGGAAGAUGUGUGGCUGUACCGUGAAAUUGAGUGGGGCUGGCUUCGCAUGGUGUUGGCAGGUGGAGUUUGUGUGUCGGCCAUUUCUGGCGAUGGUUUGAGAAGCACUGUCAUGCGAUAUGAUUUACAGUACAUGAUGUGCGGACACCCUCUCAGGAAGCAUGAAAUCCGCUGGAAAGCUUUCAAACAAGACUCUACGCUUCCGUUUGGCCGCUUGAAGGAGGCAGACCAAAGCUCAAGAACACCUGAGCCACAGUAAGCAGUUCAUUUAAUUCUUCUUGAGGCAUCCUUCGUCCACUGACACCGCAUGUAGUCAAAAAGCUCUCGAAAGAUCUGAAGGUCCAGGUUUCUUUUCUUCAUGCUUUAAGGACGGGAAUCCCCAUGCUCUCCACGCUCUCAAAUUGACAGCGUGCAAGCGGCAAAGUUGGAGAUGUUUUCCCAACCUGGAGGAUGCAGGGCCC